AUGGAGAACGAACAAAAUGGAUAUAUGUCGGGAGGAGGGAGUCCCUCGAAUUACAAUGGACAAUAUUCACACAAUCAUCAUAAUGAUGAUAAUAUAGUACCAGAAAAAAUUACAUUAAUUGACGGAAAGUUUAUAAGAGAUUGUCAAAUACCUUCUAAUCUACUAAAUUAUUGCAAAUAUAGAGAUGAUAGAGAAUUCACACACACGAGAUAUACUGCUUGUACAUGUGAUCCGGACGAUUUUUCGAGUGAAGGAUUCACACUUCGUCAAAAAGAACUUAGAAGGCAGAUUGAAUUAUUCAUCGUGGUUACUAUGUAUAAUGAAGAUGUAACUGAAUUGUCUCGAACUUUUCACGGAAUUGUGGAAAAUAUUACAUCUCUUUGUAAACGAACAGGCAGAAUUUGGAAUGAAGAUAGUUGGAAAAAGGUUGUCGUGUGUAUAGUAUCUGAUGGCCGUAAAAAAUUUCAUAAAAGUUGUUUGGCUUAUUUAACAGCACUUGGUGUCUAUCAAGAUGGUGUUGCAAUCGAAAGUAUAAAUAAAGACAAAAUUAAAGCUCAUAUAUUCGAGUUUACAACCCAAAUUUCAAUUGAUCAAGAUAUGAAAACUGAGACGCUAGAUGUUCCAAUUCAAGUACUUUUUUGUCAUAAAGAAAAUAAUGCCAAAAAAAUCAAUUCUCAUCGGUGGUUUUUUAAUGCUUUUGGUCCAGUUAUCGAACCUAAAAUAUGCAUUCUUAUUGAUGUUGGCACUAGACCAGGUGUUAACUCCAUCUAUAAUUUAUGGGAAACAUUUAAUUCACAUCCUUAUGUUGCUGGUGCUUGUGGUGAAAUCGUUGCCAUGACGACUUGGUACAAAUUACUAAAUCCGAUUGUGGGAGCUCAAUAUUUUGAAUAUAAAAUGUCAAAUAUUCUAGAUAAACCACUUGAAUCUGUAUUUGGGUAUAUUACCGUCUUACCUGGUGCCUUUUCUGCUUAUCGGUAUAUCGCUCUUCAGAAUACUAUAGUUAAUGGUGAACUUGAGGGUCCUCUUGCUUCUUAUUUUAUGGGUGAAGAAAAAGAUGAAAAUGAUACUGAAGGUGAAAAAAAGGAUUCUUAUGAUGAAAAAAAGAAUGAUUCUUAUGAUGAAAAAAAGGAUGAUUCUAAUUAUGAAAAAAAGAAUAACAAAAUUACCCAUAAUAAAAAAUCUAAUAGUAACAUCUUCACUGCCAAUAUGUAUCUUGCUGAAGAUCGUAUUCUUUGUUUUGAAUUGGUUACAAAACGUAAAGGACAGUGGUUGUUACAUUAUGUUAAAUCUUCUCAAGCUGAUACGGACAUACCUAAAAGUAUAGAUAAACUAAUUUCCCAGCGUAGACGUUGGUUAAAUGGUUCUUUCUUUGCUAGUCUUUAUGCUGUUUCACAUUUUUAUUAUAUUUUGAGAAGUGAUCAUUGUAUUGGACGCAAAUUCUUUUUAUUUAUUGAAAUGAUAUACCAAGCAUACAACCUUUUCUUCUCAUGGUUUGCAUUGGGAAAUUUCUAUUUAACGUUUCAUAUAUUAGGAACUACUCUUUAUGACCCUCUAGGGAUGUUUCAACUUCCUUUGAACCAAACAAUCAAUGAAAAUAUAUUCAUUGGGAUUAGAUGGGUUUUUUUUGCUUGGGGAACCAGAGAAGAAGAUGAAGAUAAUAAAUUGAAUAAAGUAACUUCUCAUAAGAAUGAAGUACAAGUCACUUCAAUAGAUGUUGCUGAUGGAUAUGAUCGAGCCUGGAGCACUUUAAAACGUCCUAAAGAAAAUAAACCUAAAAAUAUGGGUAUAUCUGAAGAUGAAUAUAGAAAAAGAUUUCGAAUUUAUCUUGUACUUUUAUGGGUCUUAUCAAAUACGAUAUUAGUAACUAUUGUCAUUAGUGAUAACCAACUUUUAAUACGAUAUGUGCCUCAAGGCAUAAGAAUUAAUGCUUAUGUAACAUUUAUUCUUUGGUCUGUUGCCGGAUUAGCUGUAUUUAGAUUUUUUGGUAGCUUGGUUUAUUUUAUUUUUGAAUUGCCAAAAACAUUAAAAUCAAAACUAGCACCUAGAAGAUCAAGAAGGAAGAAUCCUGUAAACAACGUAUAA